UUAGUCAGCUGCACAGGCAUAUACGCUUGGAGUCGCGCGACUGUGCAUUUUGACAAAACGGUGUUUACUUCAAAAUAUUGAUGUCGCAUGAGGAGGCAUGGAACACCCAGCUUGCAUUUUGGAGGACUUGAAGCAGUUUGUCGUAAGUGAUGCCCCACCAACAGCGUAUUACAUCCCAGAUUUCAUAUCUGAAGAUGAGGAGUCCUACCUGCUACAACAGGUCUAUAAGUCUCCUAAAACGAAAUGGACACAGCUGUCAGGUAGAAGGCUUCAGAACUGGGGAGGGUUACCACAUCCCAAAGGCAUGCUGGCAGAGAAGAUCCCUGGCUGGCUCCACAUGUACUGUGAGAAAAUUUCCUCUCUAGGUGCAUUCAGUGGGAAAACAGCCAAUCAUGUGUUGGUGAAUGAAUAUAAUCCAGGAGAAGGGAUUAUGCCCCAUGAGGACGGCCCGCUGUAUCACCCUACUGUCACCACUAUAAGCCUGGGCUCUCACACCCUGCUCAACUUCUACUCGCCUAUCAGCAGCCUGGAGGGCGACGCACCGCAGACAGAGGAGAACCGGUAUCUGUUCUCCCUGCUGGUGAAGCCGCGUAGUCUUCUUAUCCUGCAGGAUGAAAUGUACCAGCGACUCCUUCAUGGCAUUCAGGGAUACGAACAGGACACGCUAACGGACAAGGUGGUGAACCUGUCUGCUGCCGGGGCCCUGCCAGGGGACACGCUUACACGAGGCACCAGAGUGUCACUGACCAUACGACAUGUGCCCAAAGUCAUGAAGACGAAGCUUAUGCUAGGGAGAAAAUGAACAGAAGACUUAUAGAUACUUUGUGGUUCCACGCUGCCACUGACACAACAACACUUGAUAUGCGUGAGAGUAGCCUACAGACUAAUGAUGUGUCUAUCCUGAAUCAGUUUGCUAAAUAUCUGUGGAUGACAAUGCAUCUGGGGUUGUAACUAGAAAUCAUUUCAAUUGUGAAUAUAUUGCUUUAAUAUUUUAAGAGUUAAUAGGAGCAGUCUAGCAAAUAUCUAUGUAAUAAAUGCCAAAAGAAGUCCAGAACUAAUUACCAGAGCUCAGAUUGGCUUCUUUAAACUUCUUACUUUGAUCAUCAGCCAAGAAAGAUUUAUUUUGAUUUUAGUUUGCAUCUGUGAAGCUGCAAUCACACAAUAUAUAAACAUUUAUUUUCUGUAUGUCAGUUGUAAUUAUUAUUCAAGCUUAAGAACUGAAAUAAGAUUUUUUUUGACUUCAUAUAUUGUUGUUAUGCUGAUACAUACAUAAAAUAAAUCUGACAUUCUAAUUUA